AUGAAUGAAGAUUUAGAAUAUAUUAAAAAUAAAAAAUUAAGUGAAAUAUUUGAGAGGUUAUUAGGCUACAUUUAUUUCAAAAAACCCCAAAACAUUGUAGAGGCAAUAAUCCAAGAAGUGGACAAAUUAGAAAAGGAAAAACAUGUAAAAAAUGUUUUUGAUAGUGAAGACAUAAAAUCAAUGUACAACUUUUUAAAUGUAGAAAACAACAAAUAUAUGACUAAAGAGAAAUGUAUUUUAGGUUUAAGUCAAUUUGUGUUGACCACCAAACAAAGAGAGCAUAUCGAAAAAACAGAAAUAGAAGACAAUGUCGAUUUCGAAAUGUUCACAUCUCAUGUUGGAAAUAUUAUUAAUAUGUAG